GAACGAAAAAAUGUAUGGGGUAUUCGGCGAAUCAAGGUUGAUUUUAAGGUUAUGUACUUCGGCAAAACAAGGAUGUUUACCCUACCGAGUGACAUUCUGCUCACAUGUCAACUUAACCUUCUGUAUCACGCUGCAGAGUUGCAUUUGGAGGGAGCCGUUGGUAAAAAUUUGUGGAACUUUGAUCUCGUCAUGAUUUAUCAUCGAUGGUGAUUUCUAGGAACAAUUGCGUUUUGAUAGAAAUGCCGGGUAAGACUCGGGAUGGUGCGAGUGCACAGCAGAAAUGGCGAGAGGUUGCAGUUGGUAACGAUCAGCCCCAUUGGUAGAUCCAUCCAUGUUUUCUUUUUUGAGGAAUAUAUAUAAGAGCUUCCCAUCUUCUACGAAUUCUAUUCAUUCUAGAGCAGACCACGGGUUUUGAAGUCGUUUUCUAGUCAAUCUUUCCUGCUUCAUCUCGAUCCAAAAUGCGUUUCCCGACUGCCGGAGCACUUGCCUUGAGCAGCAUCUUUGGCACUUCAUUUGCUCGGGUGAGCGGUGUUCCAAUCGAUACCUCGACUAUCGACGAGCUUUACGCUGCAGCCCUUAAGGAAGAUAGAAAACUGGUCGUAGCUUCAGGUGGUGAUGCUGGAGCUCAAGGUGUAGCCAUGCAGGCAGCUUGGGCUGCACGCUUCCCAAAGAUUCAUCUCAAUCUUACAGUCGAUCUCUCAAAAUACCACGACAGUCGAAUUGAUAGAGCGUACUGGGCUAACAAGGAAACCGUCGAUAUCGCCGUUCUUCAAACUCUCAAUGAUUUCCAACGAUGGAAGGAAGAGGGGCGUUUAAUGUUCUACAAGCCUCCAACUUUCGCCGAUCUUUACUCGGGAGAGACGGAUCUUGAUGGUGCUUUCUUGCCUGUCAACAUUGGCAGCUUCGGAAGUUUCUCCUGGGACAGUACUUAUGUAUCAGAUUCCGAGGCUCCAACCAGCUAUGCUGACCUCCUAGACCCUAAGUGGAAGGGUAAGAUUGUGGCCACAUACCCUAACGAUGAUGAUGCGAUCGGCUAUCUUUUCUCCAUCAUCAUUGAAAAAUAUGGGUUUGAAUGGCUCGAUGCUCUUGCGAAACAAGACGUUCAAUGGGUUCGCGGAACCGCCACUCCCGGUUUUGUCAUGCGAGACAACCACAACAACGCCACCGCAUCCGCAUCUGGUUCUUCCCCUGAAGGAAGAGUUCUCUCGUUUACCACGUAUCCACCCUCAAAUGAAACAUACUUCAAAAUCGCGCAACCAGCAGCCCCGGAACAACACAUGGCAUGGGCACAGACAGCUGCGGCUUUUAUUUCUACCAAGAGACCUAACACUGCCAAACUUUUCUUGGCUUGGGUUACCAGUGAUGAAUGGCAGAAGGCUUCAACUUCUGGAUCACCUAGAAAGAGCUUGGAUAUUGGAGGCACGGUUUAUACGAGCAAUACAACACAGACCAGUCAAUUCAGACAAUUUAUGCAAGAUCGUACAAGGGUCGAGUGGUGGAAAUUGCAAUAUGAGACUACGUUAGGACCAGCCCAGGGAGUUAGUCCUUUGGCUUUGUACCCUUAAAUAUAGCAAUGGGUUGGAAAAGAGUUCUCAGGGGAGCUAGUGGGAAGAAGUGGAGAGCGCACGAAGAUCGGAGAGGUUAUUGACAAGCUGUUUCGCAUGUAUCUUUCAAACUGUACAUAUAUUUUUUAUUCUUCGCACACGCUUAGGAUAACUACCAAUUAGUAAUUGCCAACAACUUAGACCCAAGUAUGAGCCGAAAACUGAUCCAAGGAAAUCAACCCCAAUCUUAAUCAAGUUGCCAAUCAGAGAACAGCCUCAUCGGUGAGGUAAGAUAGCUCCAGUUGCCGUUGGGAGCGAAGUUUUUCCAUUCCCAUCUAAACAAUACGAGUUAACA